AUGUUAAUUGUUCAUCGAAUCCCGUCCACAGUUUUUUAUUCCGCGCGAUCGCCAAUCAGCAUCAUCAUCCAGGAUCACGAGAAGCAAGCGACGAACACCUCAUCUUCCUUCAUCUUCGAUCCAGCAGCAACGACGGCAAUGGACUACCAGUUGCUGUCAGACCACGAUCCCGUCGUGGAUGAGGCAUCGCUCAAUGGGGGCGGGAGCCAGGGCGCGCAGGAACAUCCCGUGCGCGGGGGCGGCCACGCCUCCAAGAGCAACAGCUUCAGUGGCACCGCCAUGCACGACCCCUCUGCGUUUCGCAGUCGCCAGGGGUCCAUGCCGCCGGCUGUGGGGGCCAUGGGCAACGACUUUGAGGAGGUCACCCAUUUUGACAUCUCCUCGUCCGACUUUGGCACCUCGGGCCCAAAGGCCAGCGAAAACGACCAGCUGCAGAAGCAGAACAAGCGCUUCCGCGUGCGCAUGCUCCUCAUCGUCGCCGCCAUCCUCACCCUGGGCAUCAUCAUCGUCAUCGUCGUGCCAAAGAAGGCGCGCAACCAGGAACCGGAGGACCCGCUCGAAUCGUGCAUCAUCCCUUACGAGUACUUUGACACGCAGCUGUUUGCCGUCGACUUCUCAAACGUCACCAGCAGCGAGUGUCGUGACGACCGCACCAUCGACACCCUGUGGAACCACAACAUGUACGGCGGCGUGCUUGUGCAGCCCUCCACCGCCGCCAACUUCGACAACUCCCACAUGCUGCAACAGCUAGAACUCUACAACAAGCGGCUGCGCGGCGUCAUCUCCUUCAACCCGCUCACCACCACCCCGCUCGACGUCGGCCUCACCGUGGACGAGCUCGAGCGGCUCGAGCAGAUUGGCGUGCGCGGCAUCCGCUGGAACCUGCGCGGGUACUCCCAGGCGCAGCGCGGGGCGUUCUACGCUGCACUCAAGACGCCCGAGUUCAAGGACCUCUUCAAGUUCAUGCAGGCGCGGCGGUGGCACAUUGACGUGGCGCAGUCGAGCCUCCACUGGCGACAGCUCCUGCCGCACCUCGAGGACACGGGCGUGCGCAUCGUCGUCGACAACUUUGGCGGCCCUGCGUCGCUCAACGACGCCGGCCUCGCCGCUGUCCUUGACGCCGCCAACAGCAACUCGCGCAUGUGGAUCCGCCUCUCGGGCGCACGCAAUCUCCCGCUGUCCGAGGGCGAGAAGCGGGAGCUUGUCGACCGCAUCAUCGACACUGUGCCGCUCACGUCGCUGCUGUGGGGCAGCGCAUACAGCGACCCCGACAACACGGGGUUCCAGUUUGACUACGCAGAUCGCCAGCGCGAGUUUCGGUCGUGGUUCCCGCGCUUUUCGCACCAGCUCAUGGUGCUCAAGCACAACGCGAACGACGUCUACGGCUUUAUGAGCAACUGAUGCCACCCCUCUGAUUUCGAAUGCUGACCCGUGCUUCUUUGGGUGUGUUGUGUCUUGGUCAUGUUGGUUUCAUGUGUGUAUGUGUAUGUGUGUGUGUGUGUGUGGUUGUGCUGUUGACCAUCCUGCGUAUCCCUCGUGUUGCUGCUCUAGAUACCCCCUGAUGUGUGUGUGCGUUUUGUGGUGAAGUUUGCUUGUCGUGGCCUCUCCUGCCAUACAACUUGCUGAUGCUGACAACCUUGUUUCGUCGUGUGCGUGUGCAUGUCUGUGUUCGGUACUCGGAUGCUGACCACUGCUGACUCGAAUACAUGCAUGCUUGCGUCUGUUUGUCUGUUGUUCACGUUUCAUCCAAUGUCCCUUUCGUGCUGUUGACUGUCCUCUUUCGUUGCUGAAGCGCUUUUUGGUUACAUGGGUCUCCUUUUCCCUUCCGCUCAUUCGCCUGUACGUGUGUGUGUGUGUGUGUGUGGUGCAUGUGUGUUGACAAUAAACGCCCCCUUUCUCGUGA